GUCAACUACUUAUGUCUGCAACUUGAACUGUAGUUCAAACACCAGCUUGCAAGUACUAAGUACUGGUCCUAGUUGAUUCUAUUCUUCCAUCAGUGUUGGUUUUCUUGUCGUGGAAGUGCCGAGAUUGACAUCAGCGGAUUUUCAUGCGUGUCAUCUAGGCAUACUUCAAGCCAGAAUAAACUACUUGUCCUUUGCAGCUCUAACGCUGUGAAGCACGCGUUCCAUGCUGCUCCACGAUUCGAGGCACGUUCCAGGUCAAAUACACCCCCCAGGUGCCUCUUCGUCCACGUCAUUACUCUCCUGUAGAGAACGUUCGUCCACCUUACGGCCCGCCAAGAAACCCUAUCCGAAAUUACAUCUUUCGCCCUUUGCCCCGAGCCCACAUGACAAGCGACCUCCUUCGUCAGAUGGGCGAAAAUCGCCAACACGACCUGCUCAUUCGCACGGGCAAGCCAGACCAGCUAGCCCUACGCCCGGUACCCCAGGUCAUUCGACAGGCUUUCGUGCUCAGCUUGCACAUCUCUUGCCUCGUCAUGCUGUAUUUCUCAUGCGGCUUAAGAUCCAUCAACUCAGCAGCGUUCCCCUUGUUCACGGAGAAUUUGAGGUGCGAUGGAAGUUCAAGGGGGUAACUUCUGGCGGAGGUCUAUUGGGCAAGGUGAAGGGUAAGGGCAAGGCUAUGGGAAAUACCACCCCGAACGGAAGUGCCAACUCAGCUAAAGGGAAAGAGAAAGAGAAGCUUAACGAAUGGGAAAUGGACGCAGCCAGCGCCGCUGAUACCUCAGACGCCCAUAGCGUGGCCAACUCCAACUCGACCCACUCACACGAUCCAUCUAUCCCCUCAGUAGUCAUAUCCUCAAACACACCAGUAUCACCCAGCCCAACUCCGCGCAGCGUUUCAACGCCUAAUACCUUCUCAGCAUCGCCGAAUUCUCGUCCACACCUGCAUGUACCGCCACAGCACCUCUCCGCUGACUGGUUACCCCAAACUACCCCACCGGACUCAACGCCGUCUCUGGCUGAAUCUCCUCCGACUGCAUACUCUCCUGCCAAAGGUCAUACUCUGUUUGAACAGUUAAAGGAACACAGCGUGACAUGGGAGCAGACGCUUGAUGUCAUGGUGCAGAUGGGUAUUGGUAGGGAAACCAAUGAGCUUGGCGGUUGCGAGGCAAAAUUUGACGUGAUGCAGCGAGUUGUCCCAGGCGAUCCAGAUGCACCACGAAAUCCACGGCUCGGUGCUGUGAGCUUAAAUCUAGCUCAAUACGUGGGCGCUGGAGUUGUCACUCGCCGUUAUUUGCUCAGGCAGAGCAAGACUAAUGCAACACUCAAGCUUACCGUCCAACUAGAACAUAUUGGGGGCGAAUCGUCAUAUGUUGCCCCACCUCUCCCUAAAGGAGAGAUAUUGAGUGGGGUUGCCGGUUUGCUCGACAAAGACGUCUUUCGAACACGACCACGUACCCUUGAUCUUUACGCUAACUCUAACUCCUCAUCGUCCUCGUUAUCCACUCUUUCGACCACUUCAUCAAGAAAACGCAAGAAGAAAAAGCGGAACCCAUUGGAUGCUAACCAACUCCCAAACACCCGUGGCGUUCGCGGGACGGAGAAGCUGAUCGAAGCAUUGUUUAAUCCAAUGCCGGUCACGCGACCAGGGCUCGUCACCCCCUUUACAUAUCUUGCUGAGCCCGAAGUGCAGGAGCAUGACCACUCUCGAGAAGCCACCACGGAGGAUGGUCAUCUCUACGGCGAAGAUGAGGGGAGACUUGCAGAGGAGUCUCUAUAUGCGAAUUCUGCGGACAUGAACCACGUUCCAGUGUCCCGCCAGGAUUCGGAGAGCGACUAUCAGAGCAUGCACUCAAAGUGGUCUAGCUCAUUACGUGCCCCAUCCGUAAAGAGCACGAGGUCUGUGAAACGAUUAGGUGCCAACGAGCUCGGAGUAAGCACUGCUGUCCCAAAUUCGACCAGCGUCGAGAAGCGGGCGUGGUGGCGGAAGGUGCUCCAUGCGGGAGCUGCAUCGUAGGGGUUCAUUCUACAUUUUUAUUGCUUUUCUUGUUAUUCAAGUUCUUGAUACUGCUUCAGGGAGGACACUUGGGUUUUCACUUAUAUCUAUAGCUAUUGGCACUGCAUCGUACAUCCAUACGACCAUAGCCCUACGGGCACACUCCUAUUACGUCCUUCGUUCAUCUACUACGAUAUAACUCGCAUUGCAUUGGUAUGGUACAUGACUAGAUUAUUCUUGCAAAACAGGGCAC